CGGAUCAGCUGGGAAAACAGACACAUUCUGGUGCUCGACGACGAAUUAUUCGGUAUAAAGUUGUCGGUUGCUGGCAUAAAAGGCACCAGACAGAUAUAGUGCACUGCAUGCACGACACGGAUCCCUGGAACUUCAUCGGUAUCACAUGCGACUUUCUGCUGGGCCAGUGAUGUAGACAUCACUCCGUUGAAAGACUGUUUGGAGAUAAGCCGACGAUUGCUGCCGCGCCCGAGACUGAAUCAAAUCCGGUCUGCUGAAAUUAUGAAUCAGCUCCAGCGCUGAAUGGGAGGAUUGAAGGCACCUACUGAGGUUGGUUUAGAUAUUUUCUGCAUAGAAUUGUCGCAUGAACAAAUUAUGAGCCGCAGUACAUGAUUUGCGAGAACUUGAACUACAACAGCGGCAUGAUGGUGUACAUAAAUGUUUUAUUUAUAACUAUUUUGGCAUCGGCGUUGGUCUCAUGCUGCCAUGGGAAGCCUUCGUUGCAUUUGGCUGUAGAAAAAUGGCACAGAUUCCAACUACCCACUGCUCAGGGUACCUCACCAUUGAGGGUCGAGAGCACCGUCUUGGAGGAAGAAAAGGAGGAAUGGAAAGCAGACGUGGAAGACGACGAUGGUGGAGAAAGUGACAGGAUCAUUUUAUACUGCGGAGAAGAGUGCGAGGAACCGGAUGAGUACAGAAAUUACACCAUCAAAGAAGCUGAGGACACCCUGGCGUUUGAAACUGUCUACCCCAACGGCACCAGAACGUUGACGAGACUACAAGUCCCAGAGCAAAUGGUGGAGUACAUUAAUGGAUGGAUGCGCGGUGUGAAGAGACAUACGGGGAAGGCAGAAGCGGUAGACGCCAAAGUUCGCAGGAAACGUGCGGUGUUUGACUUCGAUACGAGGUUUGAGGUGAACGUUGCCAAGUACCUGACUGAAUAUCCAUUCUCAGCUGCCGUCAAGUUAUCCACUGGGUGUACCGGGGUGCUGGUCUCGUCCCAGCACGUGCUGACAGCUGCGCAUUGUCUGCACAACGGGAAACGAUAUAUCGUCAAAGUCAAAGAUAUCAAAGCUGGAUUCAGACGAGAGGCGACACCAGGGGAGGAUCCAAGUGAGGCGUACGAACGUUCCUUCAUCUGGAUCCGAGCCGAUAAAGUCUACCUCCCGUAUGACUGGACCAACAAGAGAAAUAGUUUGCAACCCCUGGAUAAGGACUAUGCCGUUAUUGUUCUCAAGAGAAGCCCGGACAGAGAACAUCUCGAAGUCGGCAUGGGUGACACGGGCAAUGUUCCGGUCGGCACUAUGGUUCACUUUUCGUCCUUCGAUAUCGCCAAUCAACCCAAGUUGUUCUAUCGAUUCUGCACCGUGACAGGUGGCACCCAGGAGCUUUUUUACCAGCAGUGUGAUGCGGAACCGCCUAGUAUUGGAGCAGGGGUGUACAUUAAGAUAUGGGACCCUGAGGCCGGCAGCUGGUCAAGGAGAGUAGUUGGCCUUUUUGGAGGGUUGACGUCGUUUAUUAACGCCUUGGGUAUAAGGGAGGAACAGAACGUUGCCAUGCGUAUCACACCGCUGAAGUUUGCUCAAAUAUGUUUCUGGCUGACUGGAGAUUACGGCGAGUGCAAAGGAUGAUACUCAGUUGCUAUUAUUACAUAGAUGAAAUAUACAUAGGCCUAUCUCUGUAUCAUGUUAACUUGUUUACAGUGUAAAGAAAUGCCAAUGUCUGAGUUCUUACCCUUACGAAUGUUUGGGAGUAAAUACAAAAGCUUGAGGGCGAUGACUGAGUAGCUCCAAUUGACAUCACCGUGUAAAAAGACUGGUUAUCUUGGAAUGCUUUGUAACGUUUCCGUUCUAUGUAAAUGUCAUUCAAGAUUGAUAAAAUAAGUAAAAUUCUUGUUUUAAUUUGUUCUAUCCUACCUUCUUGAAAUAUGAUAUUUGAAGAAGUGGUAGGCUUUGGGAAAACUGGAGGCCGGUUUAUUAAAUCAUUGAGGUACGGGACGAGUUCAAAAAAUCCUAUGAAUGAACCAAGAUUUAAAAAACGUAUAGCUGGCUAAAGACAAAAUGAGAAUCACUGAAUACAAAAGAGGACACACCUCAUAAAAAACUGCUUCAAGUUCUUGUUGUGGGACAGUUUUAUUCUUGUCUUGGUUCCAACCUUUUGCUGGAAGGUUCGAAAAAUCGAAAAAGGAACCAAUUUAUAGUCCAUCCGUUUGAUGCUUGCAUUUCCUGUAAAAUCUCAAGUUCCUCUCAGUAAACAUCUACUUGGCGAUGCCUCAUCAUGCCUAGCACGAAUGAAGAACACUCCUUUGGGAGGAAAUUGCUCACUUUUCGUCACCGAAUUUUUUUAAACAGAUCUUGUUUGGGGAGUAUAGUUUUCAGCGCACGUUUAUGGUGGUUCACUUGUUGGCUUGUGCAUACAUGUACAUGCACAUGUACAUGUAGGCUACUACUUGGUAAAGCAUGUCUUUCUAGUUCAAUUUCUAGAACUGUUUUCGUUAGAUCCAUUCAUAGUUAUUCUUCGGGAUAUUGUUCACAAAUUGAGCCUGAAUUGACACUCAUACGCUAUGCAACCUAGCGUGUAUACACGUACAAUAAAGUCUGUUGUUUGCUGAUUUCAUAGGCAGCCUAUUUUGUUGAAGACCAAAUUUCAUACUGCCUUAAGUUACUAGCUUUGCCAGCAUGCUCAAAGGAUUGUAUUUAUGUAAUUUGUGAACAGCUAAAUUCUGGCUUGUGCAAUUAAUAUUUGAAAGUGCAGUUACCCCUCCCAAGCUACAACCGUCUUACCUUUCUUCUUUAACCAAUAUUUGCAGUGCCAAGGAAGCAUAAUUAAAAGAAUCCAAAUUAUUGCCCAUGAUUUUCAACAAUAAUCUACUUAGCUGUUUCCUGAGAAGGAUUUUAACCUAUAACAAAUGCAGUCUUUUAAGGUGUGGACCGUAAAGGGUUAUAAAGUCUGAGUAUGGAUUUUUGCCAACUUUCCUUAGCUGCCCGAAAGGGUUUCAACUGUCCACCGGGCCACAUUGAAAAGCAUUUUAUAAAAUACACCAACAGAGCUGCCCACCUGCUGGACCGCUUGUGAUGUUCGACAGGGGACUGUUAUUUACAACACCCGUAAAACCUGGCCCUGGCUUGACAAGCCGCACAGCUACUGAAUCGUUCAAGGUUAUGCAGAGCUUUUUAGAGUUGCUUGAAGACAAUAUUUUCUCUUCGUUUAGACAUGGUUUGACUUUAAUAAAAAUCAAAAUCAAAAUCGUUGAAUGUCCCCUGUCAUCACGUGGCAGCCUGAAAUGAAGUCGACUGUAUAUUAUGUUUGCACAGUUUUCAUAUGAUAUUGUUUUUAUCUCAGUGUAGAUUUUAUUUUAAAAAAAAAAUUAACGAAAUGUUUGUUUAUGAACAUCAAAAUGGAAAUAAAAUACUUGUACAAACUUUUAAUGUCAUGGUUGAAAUGAAAACACAAAGAAUUGAGGCAGUUGUAGCUGCCACAUUUUGGCAAAUAGGUCAAUGGGACAUUAAUAUUGCUGAAGCUAUGGACAUUCUUGUCAUAAACUUGACGUCUUGAUGAAUGGUACCCCAGCAUGUCCCCUGUUGACACGCCCUCAACCUUUUUGAACUUUUUUAUAUUCUCUCUGUCACUCUCCAUUCGCCCUAAAAAUUGCUUUGACUUAUAAAUGCCCCGAGGACCCCAAUUUUACUUCAGAAUUCAACGGCUUGAAUUUGACACAAAGCAGGCCCGAAAUAUCGGAAAUGACCGCAAGAAACUUCCAUCCAGUCGUCAGAGGGAUUAGAGACAAAUGCCCUUGUGAUGACAUUUUCCGAUCAACAUCCAACCUGUUCUGGAAAACUAAACAGGAGUCACUUGGGAGGAAAGCGAAGAACCCAUCUGAAUUAUGACUUAAUCAGGAAGUAAGAGGCAUGAGGAGAAUGUUGAUACACAGCGGUCAUGUAACUGAACGCCAAUGUGAGCUUUUGGUUUCGGAAUUUCUUGAAUGUUUUGCCUCGGACACACGCAGUGAGGCGUGUCUAUUGCAUCAUAACACACCCUGUCAAAAUAUUGUUUUAAGUUUGAAAUUCUGGAAUGUGAACUUUGCGGUUUUUGUGAGGGUUCAUCCACACAGUGCUCAACAUUGUAGGAAUGUCUCGGUUUUGAUAAUAACAUGUGGACUGCUGAGAUUGGCGACAGGGAGCCGUAAGGGACAUCAACACUGAGAAGUGACCAGAAAUCAUGCAAAUCAAACGACGUCUUAAACAUAUUUUUUUAAGUAUUUCUUAAUUAUGGAGUCAUUAUUUUCACUGUUACAUUUUAAGUUAAUUAAAAGAAUGUGUAUUACACCGGUGAUGUCCAUAAUGCUAGCAAAGAUCUUAGUUUUAUAACCUGGAUACCUGAUUAGGUGAAAUGAAAUUACGGUAUUAAUGAUUUACGAAAGUUAUUUCCAAAUUUACGGACUCAUAAUUAUAUACAAUUAUAUAAGUAACACAAUUACAAGUAACGUUGUGCAUGUCGAUAAUUCUUAUUAAGCUUUAUUUUAUUUUAACAUAAAAAUCAUAUAGCAAUAAAGUGUUGAUGGUCAUCAGUUGUCAUCGUUA